AUGUUCAAAGCUAUUAUUCGUUGUGUGGUCCCCAGAACCCCCAUAUAUUCCGCUUUGAGCUCGAAUUUACUGUUAUGCAAACCGGCUGCCACUUUUAUGCUUCCAACUCUUACUAGAGGCUUCAAAGUUAGAACCUCUGUAAAGAAGUUUUGCAAUGAUUGUUACAUGGUGAGACGCAAAGGUAGGGUGUAUGUCUAUUGUAAAUCUAAUAAGAAGCAUAAGCAGCGUCAAGGUUGA